AACACGCGUCCUUCGCUGGAUGUGUACUCACAUAUUCCUACCUCCAUUCGUAUAGUUAGUCAACUUUUGGUGGCUAAUACGCGCAGUUGGUCCCGCGGACAGUUCGGAGCGCAUUCAAAUGGCGGCAAAUCGGGAAUUUUUCAAUGAGAUUAUCAAUAAUAUUGAUGAUAUAUUCGGUCAGUCGCAGCCGGUUACUUUUCAGGGCAAUCCCAUCUUUAAAACGGAACAGGGCAAAUAUCUGGCGGAUUCGCUGGCCGAUCCCUUGAUUAAGGCCUUGACGGAAAUAGCCAAUAAACGGCCCAAGGAUCCCGUCGCCUAUCUAACCGGUUAUCUGCAGCAAUUCAUGGGCCAGCGCAAGCCCAUUACUGAGGCCGUCGUCCACUCGGGCAGCAGCAAGACCAGCAACAACUCCACAGCGAUAGCCAGCUCCGUCUCAAAGGUUAGCAGCAGUCGUACGGGCAAACCCCAUGCGGACAUCAUUGAGCUGGACGCACGCUCACUAGCCGAGCAGCAGGAGGACGAUGAGGACGCCGCAUUGGCUGUGCAGCACUUGGAGGAGCGCGAUGAGCAUGGCCAGAGCAUGUUGCACUUUGCCUGCGCUCGCUCGCAUCGGCGUGGCGCGCUCUACACGCUCAUCGAGGAAUCGCGCAUUGAUGUCACCUACAGGGACGAGCUCUAUCGCACGGCUAGAGACGUGGCUCUGCAGGCGAAUCAGCCAAAUAAUGCCGCCGAAAUCGAUCGCUAUGUGCUCGCUCAGGCAGUGCUGGGUGAUGUGGAACCCUUUGAACAGCUGGCACUUCAGGGUUACGAUCACAUUUUGGAUGUGGAAGAUGAGAACGGCAAGUCCAUUGUGGACGUGGCCGCAGAGCGUCGGCAUGAGGCACUCGUUGGAUUUUUGAAUAGUCUGCGCGUGCUGGAAGAGACACGCGAGGAGCUGCAUCAAAUGAUCCGGGACAAGAAUAUGGAACGACUCAAAGAGCUGACUGCAGUGCCCAACGCCAAGUGGCUUAUUAAGACCAAAAACUAUUAUGGUCGCACCGCACUGCACAUAGCCGUGCUGAAGGAAUCCGAGGAAAUGGUACAGCACUUGGUGCAGCUUUGUCCCGAGGCGCUCAAGGUGACGGAUAAUCUGGAACGCACCGUCUUGCACUACGCACUGGGCACCAAUUUCUGUGAAAGCGUCAGCCGUAUUCUCAUUCAAAAUGGCGCCAAGCGCACGGCAAAGGACCUGAAGGGUAGACAGCCGAGCUACUACUUCAUCAACAAGGCGGACAUACUGCGCCUGCAGGAGGAGGAGGAGGAAAGUCGCUGAGCAAUAUUUACAUAUAGAAGUCAUUUAGCUUUAAGUUGUUCUAGUUAAAUAAAAAAGUUUAGCAACAAUUGCCUUUAUAAACGAUUUAAGCAAACAAA